GCUGAGAGAGUGGGCGGCAGGAACGACUACCUUGGGCUCUCCAACCAUCCACAAGUCAUCGCCAGUGUCGCUGAAUCUGUGACUCGGCAUGGCAUGGGACCGCGGUCGUCUCCUCUAGUCGCAGGCCACACAGAGCAGCAGGGCUUGCUUUCUAGGGAGCUGGCAGAGCUGAAAGGGAUGGAAGAUGCAGUGAUUUUCUCGUGUGGGUUCGCAGCAAACACAGCAGUGUUCUCUCUGUUCGGGCAAGGGGAGGACGUUGAAGUUUUCUCGGACGAGCUGAAUCAUGCCUCCAUCAUCGAUGGUUUGAGACUUGCCGGCCGGUCCAGCAAGUCAAAAGUCUCUGUUUACAAGCACGUGGAUAUGGAGCACCUGGAGAGCUUGUUGCAAGCCUCCUCUGCUGCAAGGAAGAUCGUUGUUUCCGACUCUCUGUUCAGCAUGGAUGGAGAUGUUGCGCCUAUGAGUCAACUACUUCUUCUAAAACAGAAAUACAACUUUUUCCUUGCCCUCGAUGAUGCACACGCAUCUCUUGUUUACAGCAAACAGGUGAUUGGUUUUUUUCACUACUUUUCUGACUUUGCAGGAGCGGACCUCAUCGUUGGCACCAUGAGCAAAGCCUUCGGCGCGCACGGCGGCUUUGUGUGUUCCUCCCAAGAGUUUGUUGACCUGCUAGUCAACAUGGCGCGUCCUUUGAUCUACUCCACUGCUUUACCGGAUCCAGUCAUAGCUGCUGCCCGAGCAUCGCUACGUCUCUCGGAGGAUCGACCAUGGAUCCGAGCGAAGCUGUGGAAUAACGUCAGGCUCUUCGAGCAGACGACCGGUGUACCCGCACGCAGCCCGAUCGUUCCCAUCCUCCUGGGGGAGGAGGAACGAGCGCUGAGAGCGAGCAAGGAGCUUCUCCUCCUCGGGUUCCAUGUUCCUGCCAUCCGACCCCCGACGGUCAAGCCAGGGACAGCUCGUCUCCGUGUGGCGCUUUCAGCUGCUCAUGAAGAGGAGGAGAUUGUGCGGUUGGCAGAUGCGAUGCGGAAGAUAGGAGUGAUAGAAUAG